UUUACAUUUUGAUAAUUUUAGAAAAUUUUUUUUUAAAAAAAUAGAUUUGAAAUAAUGUGAUUAAUAAAAUAAAUAACAUUAAUAAUGGGAACCUUGUCCAGCUUGAAAAGCGAUUCUGUUCUAACUAUAUUCUUAUAUAUAGUGUUUACGUCUUUUUUCAUACCCAAAUGUGAUUCAUUAUUUGCGGAUCGAGAUAUCGACCACGAUAGAAAUCGCGGAUCUAAUCUCGACGAAGAAGUUACCUCGAUUAACAAUAUAAAUAUUAACCCUGAACCCUUUUUCCCACUAUCCUACCACUUUGGAAAAGAGGGUGACACUGCCCAACAACUAGAACUUGGAUUCGAAGAACAGGAGAGGGAUGACGCUUACCCAGACUCUUUGGAAUCUUAUAACAAUAUUGACAAUUCAAGAGAGUAUAAUUUUUAUUCCGGUAAUGAGACAGGAGUAGAUAAACAUCCUCCCGGAAAAAAUAGUUCCAACAAUAUGAAUUCAAACUAUUCCAAUAAGGAUUUAAAAUGCUUAGUUCAUCCAGAUUUUGAAUUUGAUAAUGAAAGUUCGACCUAUGGAGUGGGUUCUAAUAGGGAUCCCAACUAUUCGUUACAUUUACCUUACCCUAUCCUCUUAGCUCCAUCCAUGCAAGUGGGCAUGGAGGCCUGCCAAAUUUAUGCGAAUCAAUCUUGUUGUACUACUGAACAAGCCGAUGAAUUGAUGUUACCGAUAAGGAAACACUCCGGUAUUCGAUGGAAUCUUUGCGGAGACAUGAGGCCUAGAUGCAAUCAAAUUAUGGCCGAUUUGGAAUGUUUUUAUGAAUGCUCACCUUUUAUCUUCUCCUGGUACGUUGACAAUUACCAAGAUCGUAACUUCCAAGGAGAUAUACGCAAGGUUCCCAUAUGUUCCCAAUUUUGCGAUGCCUGGUAUGAAGCAUGUCAAAAUGAAAAAACUUGCGCACAUAAAGGUAACUGGUUAAAGGGGUUAUUACCUGUAUCUUCCUCUCACGUCAAAAAUAUGGACUCUAAAUGCCCAGCGGGAAAGGAAUGCGUGCGAUUUUCUGAAAUAUACAUGAAUGGCGAAACGCUGUGCGGCAGUUUGUGGGGAAAUAGAUAUAAAUACGAAUCAAAUAAUGCCAGCUGCUUCGAUCCGUUAAAACCCAACACACACGAAAAAGUUUGGAAAUCUAUCAAAAACUCUUCCCAUUCAUCAAAUUAUAAAUCUUCGGCACUGAUCAUCAUUAUUAUUUGCAAUAUAUUUCUAUAUUAUAUUGGCGUUGGAUAAUAAAUACUA